AUGGUUGUUAUCAGACAAGCAACCAUGGAUGAUAUACCAGGAAUGCAAGAUUUGGAUUUAGACUGUUUCGAAGAGGAAAAUCACCCAGGAGACUAUCUUUACUAUGAAGAUUAUUUAGUUUUGUGGCCAGGACUUUCUUAUGUCGCAGAAGAGAAUGUUACUGGUCGUAUUCUUGGAUAUGUUGUCGCUAGGAUGGAAGUCACUAAACCUCAUGGUUAUAUUUCAUAUCUAGGUGUUCUUCCUACACACCGUAGAAAAGGAAUUGCAAAGAAGCUGAUGAGUGUUGCUCAGAACGCUAUGGUACAAGAAUAUGGGCCUGAACGUGUUUCUCUUCACGUUCUUAAAAGUAGUCGAGCUGCGAUUAAUCUUUUUACCAAAAGAUUAGGGUAUAAAUUCUAUGAAUCUGCAGAUAUGUUUUAUGAUAAUGGGGAAGAUGCUUACGUUCUGGUAAAGCAACUUCAAGGAAAACAACAAGCUGAUCAUAUUGGGGAUGGAUUUGGUCAUGCUGCUGGAUGUCUGUCGAGUGAAACUGCCAGAGCCAAGUUGAAAAGGCAAACGGAGACACUGCAACUAAGUUAG